UUUAAAAGCAAAAAAAAAAAAGCGGAGGUGUUGUAAAAUCUAUCUAUCUAUAUAUUUACAACACAACAUACUACACUAAUACAAUACUACUUAAGUAUAUCCAAUAUUUUUUUUUAACCCUGUAAUUAUUAAAGCUUCUUAAAAGGGAAACAACAAAAAAAAAUUUUUACUUAAAAACAAACAUUGUAUAAAAUCAAUAAUUUUAUAAUUUACAUAAAGUUUGUAUAUUUUUGAUAUAUCAUUCUCACUUUAAACUAAAUACAACCGGAAAUAUAAGAAAUUAAAUAUAUUAAUAAUAAAUAUAUAAAAAUGUCUCAAGAUGAAUUACCACAUGUAAAUCCGGACGAUUUAAAAGACUUAAAAGAACGUAUGAGACUAAUAUCGGAAGCAGAUCCAAAACAAUAUCAUAAUGAGUAUUCUCUUAAACGAUAUUUGAGAGCUUUUAAAACAGUUGACGCUGCUUUUCAGGCAAUACUUAAAACAAAUAAAUGGCGUGAAUCUUAUGGUGUAAGUAAUUUAGCUGAUUCUGAUGCAGUUAAAAAUAAUCAAAAUAAAGCUAGAGUAUUACGGCAUAGAGAUUGUACUGGUAGACCGGUAAUAUAUAUUCCAGCAAAAAAUCAUAAUGCUUCUGAACGAGACAUUGAUGAAUUAACAAAAUUUAUUGUUUAUUGUUUGGAAGAAGCAUGCAAUAAAUGUUUUGAAGAAGUCACUGAUAAUCUUUGCAUUAUAUUUGAUUUAACUGAAUUCAAUAUUAAUUGUAUGGAUUAUCAAUUGAUUAAAAAUUUAAUAUGGUUAUUAAGUAAACAUUAUCCGGAAAGAUUGGGUCAUUGUUUAGUUAUUAAUUCACCAGGAUUAUUUUCAACAAUAUGGCCAGUUAUAAGAUCAUGGUUAGAUGAGAAUACAGCAAAAAAAGUUAUUUUUUGUUCAAAUGAAAUGGAAUUAUGUAAAUAUUUAAUACCAGAUAUUUUACCAACAGAUAUGUAAAAUUCAUAUUAUACUCUCAAAAAGUUGAAAAGAAAUUUUUUUGAACACAUCAAAACAUAUUAUGUAUA